AUGGUCAUCGACCAAUUCCAACAACACUUCUUCCUGGAAAACAUGCUUUCCAGUCCCCUCGAACUCGAUGACCCGAACCUCUCGGAAAUAGAGUCUAUUUUCGACUCAUCUCCAGACAGCCCAGAAUCCGGAAUUCAUGAACAGUUUGACGAUUUCAAUCUCAAGUCAACCACCAUUGGAGUUACUGAACAUCUGCCAACAAGAAGACUGAGUCAUCUGAAGCCAAUUAAUUUGAAAGUUUUCCACCAUCAACCAAUUCCUCACAUCUCGACUUCUCGACUGCACCAGGUUUCAAAAUUGCACCAGCCUUCUCAACUUCACCAGACUACUAAUUAUCGGUCCGAGGAAUUGAAGGAACAUGUUUUGAACCCAAAGUUGACAGUCAAGACCGAUAAGAGCCCAAGAAAUAUUAUCAGCUCCACAUCGAACCCCACCGCCUUCUCCACUAUGUCUGCCCAGCAGAGAAUUCCACCUGCCACAGCUCAGGCAACUCGAAAGCAUGCACUGAUGCAAAGCAGAGAGAUGACGUUGGCUCAGAUUAAACAGAAGAACGUUUUGAAGGUGAAAAUAUUCUUCCAGGAUGAGGUGCUUGCAGUGAAGCUCCGUAAAGAUCUGCUUAGUGGCAUCAAGGAAUUGGCAGACGUUACCAAGUAUAAGUUGCUUCAAAGACAUAAUUUUGCCGUGAGAGAUCUCAAACUUUCACUCAAGUUUGCAGAUUCUCAGCUUCAACCGGUGAUGCUUUGUGGAGGAAGCAACCCUUUUGCAUCAAUGUAUGAGGACAUUUGUAUGGAUUAUAUCCAAUCGAAGAGCAAGAUCUUGAUUUCAGCAAGCCUUAAGUAG